AUGUCUGAGCCCGUCACGAAAUUCAAGCCGCAGGCGUAUCCCUCCUCCAAGACCUUCGCGCGCCAGUCCGAGCUUCCGAAGCUGCCCAUUCCUCCGCUCGAGGAUACGUGCAAGCGUUAUCUGCGAGCGCUAGAGGGGCUUCAGGACACAAAGGAGCAUGAGAACACCGAGCGAGCGGUCGAGGACUUUCUGCGAGGAGAGGGGCCACGAUUGCAGGAGCGUCUGGAGGCAUGGGCUGCGAAGAAAGAUAGGCAAGUAUGUUAUAUUGAAGAUUUCUGGUAUGAGUCGUAUCUCUCACACUCGGACCCGGUCGUACUCGCGCUCAACCCAUUCUUUGUACUCGAAAAUGACCCCUCUCCUGACCGUGGCGCGCAAAUUCCCCGGGCAGCAUCGUUGAUAACGGCGUCGCUGGGCUUUAUCCACGACCUGCGCCUAGAGAUCCUCGAGCCCGACACCAUUCGCGGGAAGCCCCUAUGCAUGGAUCAGUAUAGUAGGCUCUUUGGUACCGCCCGCAUCCCGACACACCGAGGCUGCAUGAUGGUCACAAACCACGAAUCACAGCACAUCGUCGUCUUGAGACGUGGUCAAUUCUACUGGUUCAACGUUCUCGACGACGAAAACCGCCCGCUCCUGACAGAGCGCGAGAUUCUGCGGAACCUUCAAGCGAUCGUAUCCGAUGCGGACAAGACGCCAGUGACGGAGGUCGCGCGCACCGCCAUCGGCGUGCUAUCCACUGAGAACCGCAAGACAUGGUCGAGUCUCCGGACAACGCUCAUGAAGGAGCGCGACAACGCCCAGUGCCUGCAGAUCAUCGACCGCGCACUCUUCGUCGUGUGCCUGGACGAUGCCGCGCCGGACACGCUCUCUGAGCUGUGCGAUAACUUCCUGUGUGGCACGUACAAUCUCGCGAACGGGGUACAGAUCGGUACAUGUACCAAUCGGUGGUACGAUAAGUUGCAAAUCAUUGUCUGCGCAGACGGGGCGGCCGGCAUCAACUUUGAACACACCGGUGUGGACGGCCACACCGUUCUCAGAUUCGCCGCGGACAUCUUCACUGAAGGUCUCAUGCUCCUCGCCCGGUCUAUCAACCCAUCAGCUCCAACGCUCUUCCGCGCCUCCCUCUCCCCGCACGCAAAGUCCUACAAGCAGCCCAGGAACUCCAACAAUAACGGCAAGCCGCCGACGCCCCCGCCCGACAUCAUCGACACGACGCCGAAGAAGCUCGAGUGGGUGCUGACGCCGGAGCUCAGGGCGGGCAUACGCUUUGCGGAGACAAGGCUCAGCGACUUGAUCUGCCAGAAUGACUGCCAGGCCCUGGAGUUCAAGGGGUAUGGGAAGAACUUCAUCGUCAGUCACGGGAUCAGCCCGGACGCGUUCGUGCAGAUGGCCUUCCAGGCGGCGUACUUUGGCUUGUAUGGGAGAAUUGAGUGCACAUAUGAGCCGGCCAUGACCAAGUCGUUUUUACACGGAAGGACGGAAGCAAUACGCACCGUGCAGCCUCAGAGCGUCGACUUCGUCAAGACGUUCUUCUCAGACGCAUCGCCGUCUCAGAAAAUCAGUGCCCUCCGAAAGGCCUGUGAGAGACACGUGAAGCUUACAAGAGAAUGCAGCCAAGGUCUUGGCCAGGACAGGCACCUCUAUGCGUUGUACUGCCUACUUCAACGAGAGAUUGAGGGUAACCUCGACCCUCUGCCCGAUGACAGGCCUCCGUCUCCAGCGAGCGACACCAGCAGCUACGUGAAACGCAACAUGCCGGCGAUCUUCACGGACCCUGGGUGGACGGUCCUCAACACGUCGAUUCUGUCCACUUCGAAUUGCGGGAAUCCUGCCCUGAGGCUGUUCGGCUUCGGCCCCGUCGCAAGGGACGGAUACGGUAUUGGUUAUAUUAUCAAGGAGGACGGCAUAUCAGUAUGCGCCUCGUCCAAGCACCUCCAGACUCGGAGGUUCCUCGACACGCUCCAAGGUUACCUCUACGACGUCCAACGUCUGUUGAUCCAACUUCAUCUCUCUGCCAACGAGCGUCCUGCGCCAUUCAUUGACCAUGCUGGCGUCCUAAGGGACUCGAAGACUGGCAGGCCUAUUAACGGGCAGAGUGUAGAGAGCGAGGAGAGCGAUGCAAUUAUGCCUGGCUACUCGUUCUUUGACAGUGGAGAUAUCGAGCUAUUGGGUCGCCGGAAGCGGUCGCCAUAUGAGCAUGUUGGGAGAGUUAUACCCUUGGCGGAGUACUGACGCUGUUGAUCUAUAUUUUGUUCAGAUUCUGUUCCUUUCGUUUGGGUUCCUUAGGUGCCUGUUAUACGCGACCUGAAAUGUAUGUAAUUUGUGAGAAUACCGCCUGUUGUACUAGUAGUUGUACCUUGUACUGCUCUGUAAUUGCCAAAGAUAUCACUUC